AUGGAACGCAGUUUUUUAAAUGCUCUGCAGUUUUUAAAAGAUGAGGAGAAAGAAGAUGAAUCGAACUGUGAAGAUAGACAGGCAGAUUUUAUGUUAGCUGCAUGUGUUGAUGGCUUUAAUGAAAAUGCGACGGGGAUUACAUCUCUGGAUUAUUUCGUAUAUAUAUGGAAUCUUUUCAAUAUGAUGCCAAUUGAUAACGAUGAUCCAAUUCCUGUUGAAUCUGUUGAAGUAGAAAAAAAGCACUUAUUUCAAUGUUUUAGUCGAUUGAAAUGUUUUCAUGUUUGGCUUACAAAAAAUCCUCCUAAUAUUCACGGAAGUGAUGUCAAGUCAUUGAUAUUCUUCUUUGAAGAAUUCCUUAAAUAUACAUUUCUUACUAAAACGAGUCUAGAACCACAUUAUAUGGAGUCGGUAUCAUGUUUAAUAUUACUAUCAUGGUGGAAUAUUGGAUUUCGUUCUUGUUCAACACUUUAUCGUAUCAUUGAUUAUGAAUUAUUCGGUUUAUGGUUCAGAUUAAUCCCUCAAAUUGUUGAUGUAUCAUUUUGGAUUAUUAAUCAUUUGUCUCCCUAUCCAGAACAUUCACAUCUAUUCAUAAUUAAUUUGUUACGUAUAUAUGCGGAUUGUUAUCAUCAUAUAAAAAGUCGACUUGAGAAGAAUGAGGACUCCGACACCUCUUCUUGUUCUUCUUCUUCUCAUUCUUUGUCGUCGUCUUCGUGUACUUCUUCUUCUCCUUCUGCUGCUGCUGCUGCAGCUGUCGGUUCUCGAAUGACUGGUAUUGAUAUACCUCGAGUUCUUCGUGGUUUAACUGAUAUUUAUCGUGAAUCAGUUGAAGAAUUAAUAGAAAGGAAUAAAGCAGAGAGGGGUGAAGACCGUACAUAUUUAGAUGAUCUAGAUGAUGGUGAUGAUGAUGAUGAUUGUUCCAGCACUGCUAUUAAUAGUAUGAAAACUGUUUGUUCAGCAAUUGUUGAGAUAUUAAAGAAUUUAGUACGUUCUGGAAGAGCUUAUUGUUUGGAACAAACACCUGAUUUUUCGUUUAUUUCAUUCACUGACCAACGGAUAAGUGAACGUUUGUAUCUUGUUCGUGACUAUCUGCUGGUACGAUCUCAUAGAGUUAUAGCCAGUCAGAUGGAAGCAACUGCUGGAAGUGUUUUACCUCGUCUACCAAAAAUGUUAAACUGUUUAGUGAAUCUUACAUCAGCAAAACAAAAACUUCGUGAAUUAUUGGGUUGUAAUAAUAAUAAUAAUAAUAGUAGCGGGAAGAGGAGAAGUGGUCGUUCGAGAUCAAAUCGUAAACCUUGGAGUUUAUCAUCAUCACCAUCACUAUUAACCAAUCAUUACAGAUACAUUACAUGGUGUCUUAGAAAUAAUCUCUGUGUUAAAAGGUAUGCUUUCUGGUACGUUGCAACUGUGGAUAUAACGGAAACUGAAGCACCGCAACUCUUGAUACCACUUCUACUGCCACAUGCUGAAUUAUUAGCUGAAGAUCAUAGUUUCGCCUGCUUAUUGAUCCUACGUCUUGAUCGUGUUCGUAGAGCUUUGCUACCGGAGAAGGAAUAUUUCACGCUUCUUCAUCGUCUAUUCAAAUAUUUAUCAUUCGAGAGUAAAUAUGAACUGCUGAGGUGUAUUCAAGAGAAGAAAAAUUCUGUUUAUGAAACCCCGCUAUCAAAAUCAAAUGCUUGUUUUCAGUCAUCUAUUCGUCCAGUGUUCAAUCGUUUAGCCUCCUUGGAUAGUAGUAAUGCUGAUGACACUGUUGAUCAAACUCAUAAACAAUCGAUAUUGACUACUGAUUUCACCAAGGAUUUUCUUUCAGAUUGUGAAGUGGUACUGUUCACACAUCCCGUACGUUUUUUCACUGAGUUAAUUCAAUUUCCAGUUAGACAACAGCUUCCUCAUUUACAGGCUGCUGUUCAACAGCUGAUCGAUGAAUUGUCUUACGUGUUCCCAGUACCUACAGAUUUUUUCCCAAAGGAAAGAAAAGUAUUGGAUAAAUCAGGUAGUAAAAGAAAGAGCAAAGCAACACUUGGACAAGAUCACCACAACCACCAACAGCAACACCAACAACAACUGAAACAAUCCAUUCACAGUACAAUCUUUCAAGAACUUAUUCUUGUUGAUUGGUCAAAUCGUCCAUGCUACAGUAAUAUUUCAUUAUUCGGUGCAGAAGACAUAUAUGCUGAAGCGGAUAAGAUUAAUUUAUUGAAUGUGAAAUUCAAUUUUAACGAUGAUAAAUGUCUGCUGGACCAGUCUGAUGAGUCGAUUAAUAAUAAACUGUCGGGGGAUCUAAUCUUGGAUACUCUAGUUCAUCUGUUUAAAAAACCGGAUUGUAUCAUUCAAAUUAACACAAUUUUACAAGUAUUUCUAAGUUAUUUAAAAGAUAAUUUACAAUCACUAAUUUAUAAACAUUCCAAUAUGGGACAUUCAACAACAGCACCAACAGCAACGCCAUCAACUCAACUGACUAACAAUAAGGCGGUGAAUAAUUCUCCUACACUUCAAAGUAUGCAUGUUCGUGGAUUUAUAGAUAUGCUGUAUCGAUUAAUAAAAGUAGCUUCAUCUGGUCAUGAACUUUUAUUGAUAAACAAAAUCAAUAUAAAUGAAUUAGUGAAACAAUUUAUGCAAUUAUUUAAUAUCCUAUUCCUGAAUCAAUUUAAUAAUGAAUUCACUAUUACUACUACUACUACUACUACUGCGACCACGACCAACACUCCUGUUGCUGCUGUUGCGGCUGCUACAACAACUACUACCACUAACAAUAAUAAUGACAGUCAGUCAACUUGUCCUUCGUCUGUAUUCAUUCCCCUACCUGAUGAUAAUGAUAACGUUGAUGAUUAUGAAAAAUAUUUUCAAUACCUGAUCACAAGUGAAGUAGAUGUCAUGUUGUUGCAAUUGAUUGCUCACUGUUUACAACUAUCUCUAUCCUCUUGUCCGUGCAGUCGUCAAACAGAAGGUGGAGGCAGAGAAGAUGAAAUCAGUCGCCAUAUCAAUAAUACGCUACAUCUACUGCAGACAUUUAAAAAUGAUAUCCUCAAUUCGAAAAGUACAACACGUCAUUGGUGUAAACAAAAGUGGUCGUACUUAUUCAACAGUUCAAUAUUUGCUUCAAUGACUGCGUUGAAAUUAAAACAGCAUAAGUGUUGUUGUUGUUUGAAAAGGAUCAAUGUCUUAAAGGAUGAACUGUUUAGCUUAUCUAUUGAAUUGUCUAGUCAGAAAUUGAAUACAUUGACACGGUUGAUGGAUAUUGAUGCCUUUCAUCGAAGUACUGGUAUACAUUUCGAAGCUAUUUCAUUGGAUGAUACAUCGCCAUCAACAACGACAACAGACGACAAAAAUGAAACUGCCAGUAACACUGAGUCAGUAUUGCCUACAGAUAACUUCGUAUCACCACGUGUGAUUCAUUUGAUCUUUCAGAUAGCCAGUUAUUCUAAUCAAUUAUGCAUUGAAGUGCUGAAGUCGAUUCUCAAAAAAGCCAUAAAAUCCAAUCAGAUAUGGUGUCAGUUAAAUAUCACACCGAGUCACCUGUUGAUUUCUGUUCUAUCGUUUCUGAGAAUCAUAUCGGUAACGGGACAGAUAAGAUGCUGGCGGCGUUUAUACUUCUUACUUGGCCGAUUGAUGAAGGCUGGUAUACUAACUUAUCCCAUACCAACAUUUUUAAUUGAACAUGAAAACGGAAGGGUCGUUAAUAGUCUGUCAAGAUAUUUCUACUUAUUAGAUUGGAGUAAACUUCGUGGUACAUUCGAUCUAUUCGCAUUGACAUUUCAUGUAUUCGACUUAUGGUGUAAAUCGUCAUCUUCAUGUGCCAGUAAUGAUGAUUGUGAUGAUGGCGUUUCACAUACAGAAUUGUGUAUUCUACUGCAUUCAUUAAAUGAUUUAGUUUCGAAUUUUACAUCAGUUAUUCCAAAACUGCCACCUUCAGAGACGAAAUCGUUGAAGAUGAUGAGUGAAACAACCGUGAAUAGAAAUAAUAAUGACAACAUCAACGAAGAUAACAAGACCACCGAGUCCUCAUUAAAACUAAAUCAAUCUACUGUGACACCUUCAGAGACGACGACGAAUCAACCGGAAAGAAGACUAGACGCGAUAAAGGAGUCGAUCGUGGAACUCAGUAAUAGUAAUAAUGACGAUGAUUGUGAUAAUCAGACAAGGUAUUCGGAGAUGAAUGACGACAUUAACAAUGAUAACGACAAGGACAAAGUCAAAACCACUGAGUCCAUAUUCACAACAACACAUCGAUCUACCCAACCCCCUUCAAUGCAGCAGGAGAAGAAGAAGAAAAAGAGGAAGUCGAAGAUGAAGGAGAUCUCAACAGUGAAUAGUCAAGAUGAUAAAAAUAAAAACAACAAUAAUAAUAAUAAUAGUGAUGAUGACAAUGACAUGGACAACAGCACUAUUGAAUCUUCAUUAAGACACUAUCAAUUUGUCGAAUAUACUAGACACUUAGUUAUAUGCUUAUUAGAUCAAUUGACGAGACGUUUACGAACAGCGAACAGUGAAAUUCCAGCCACAUUUCACAUUGAAACAACUACAUUGAAUCCAUUGUUCAAUGUUUCAUUGCAAUUCGACCAACUUAAACAAACAAUUUUAUCAAUUAAACAAGCUUUAGAUCAAACAUGAAUCAAACACGUCUCUCGACAAUAUAAAAUGUGUACAUAUUGUUUAUUUUUCUA